AUGAUGGAAGAAGAUCAGUCUUACCCCGUCCUGGACCCUUCAGGUGACCUGCGAUUGAGUACCAACACGCAAGACUUCGUCGUCUCAUCCAAAGUCAUGUGCCUUGCCAGCCCCGUAUGGCGUGCAAUGUUUGAUCCCCAAGGCCACUGGGCCAGGCAUUCAUCGGGCGUUUUCAGCUUCCCGGACGAUGAUUCCGACGCCCUCUUGAUCAUACUCCAAAUUGCUCACUUGCAGUUCUCGGAUUUACCGGACGCGCUCCUCAUCUACGAGCAUCUUCUGCAGUUGGCGGUCCUGUGUGACAAAUAUAAUACCGUCAGACUCGUUCGUCCCUGGAUCUCGAAAUGGCAAGCUCCACUGCAAGCUCAGGCAGAGGAGUGUCGUCAGAGUGGCGGAGAGGGCUACGAAGGUUACGAGACCUGGCUGUUCAUCGCUUGGACAUUUGGCGAUGAGGCCGUGUUCAGAAAGAUCUCUCGCUCGUUGGUGUUGACGUCGACAGUCACCACAGUCAACGGCGAGAAACGGAUAGUGAACGCACAGGGAAAUAUGGUCGGUGAUAUUAUGCCUCCAGGUUCCGUAGGCGCCAUCAUCGAAGCCCGCUCAGAGCGCAUCUCCGCACUCCUCGAAAUGUGCUACGGGCUGGUAGACCGAUACGAAUCGACUACCCUAAUGGCUCCUGAAGACACCACCAUCUGCACCCGCCGCGGUCACUCGCCCAACGGAUGCGACUCCCUAGUCUACGGCUGCCUGAUCAAAGGUCUGCAAAGCCUCAAGCUAUUCCCCAAGCGUGCGGAAGCGUCCGAUGUCGAGUCGAGCGUGAUGGCCUUUGCGGACAAGCUGCGUUCGCUGCGAUGCUUGGAGUAUCCUGUCCCGGAUAAUGGUCAUGGCUACUACAGUAAUAAUGGGAUUUCGCAUUCAAGAUGCGGCUUCACGCUCGCUUUCGCCAAUCAGAUCAAGGCUAUUAUUGGUCAGGAGGAGCCGUCGGGGGUCCUGGAGGAGCAUCUGACCCAUCUCAAUGAGCAAAAGGACUAG